AGGUAGCAAUGGUCACUUGGUGGAUCUGGAGUCUAAGGUGUCUAGCCUGGAGCGCGGCAAGCAUGCGCUGGAAUCCCAGCUCAAUGAGCUCAGGGAGUCAAUGAUGGAAGAUGCAGCUAGUCUCUCUGCUGUCACACACAAGCUAAAGGCCUCACAGGCUUAAGUAGUAACUCUCAAUGAUCAGCUGGAGGAGGAGCAAAAUGCCCGCGAAGAGAUGCAGAAGCAGUUGAGCAAUGCCAACACUCAGCUUGCUGAUACACGUCGGGAUCGUGACCAACUAUCCCUGGACAACGAGGAGCUGGAGAACUACCGCAAGAAGUCGCAGAGAGAAAUAGAGUCUCUGCAGACGCAGCAGGACGAACUGGCCAACGCCAACGCCAAGCUGGAGAAGACCAAGAAACGACUAACGGAAGAAGUUGCCGACCUCAGUGUGAACUUUGAAGCCCAGGCAGCCCGCGCCGCAGAGCUGGAGAAGAAACAGCGCAAGUUUGACCAGACGCUGACGGAUGAGCGGGCCAGAACGGAAGAGACUUGUGAGCAGAGGGACGCCGCACUGCGUGAGUCCAGAGAGUAUGCUACAAAGAACAUGGCAUUAACACAGGACGUGGAGAUGUUGACCAAUAAGCUGGCUGAGUCUGAGCGCUCACGCAAGUCACUGCUUGCUGAGCUCAAUGAUCAACUGGAGAACAAGGAUGACACUGGUAAAUUACUUCAUGAACUGAAGAAGGCCAAGCGUAACUUGGAAGCACAGCUUGAUGACCAGACGAUGCAACUGGAGGAGCUAGAGGAUGAGCUCCAGACUGUGGAGGAUGCUAAGCUCAGACUGGAGGUCAACUUCCAGGCCACCAAGACCAACUGGGAGCGCGAGAUGGCGUCGAAGGAUGAAGUUGUGGAGGAGCAGCGCCGUGGAAUGCAGAAGCAGCUGCGUGAACUUGAGUCGGACUUGGAGGACGAACGCCGCAAUCGAUCAUCUGCUGUCGCCGCCAAGAAGAAGCUGGAAGGCGAGAUGAGAGAACUGGAGAAUGACAAGCUGCAGUUGGAGAAGGGCAAGGAGGAUGCAUCCAAACAAGUUAGACGACUUCAGGCUCAAAUGAAGGAGGUCUAUCACGAGCUGGAGGAGUCCCGUACCGGCCGCGAUGAAGCACUGCAGCUGUCCCGUGAGGCCGAGAAGAAACUCAAGGUUCUGGAGUCGGAUGUCACACGCCUUACUGAGGAACUGAUGUCGGCCGAUAGAGCCCGACGUAACGCCGAGGCAGAGCGUGAUGAGCUGUACGACGAGGCACGCGGUAACAGUCCACGCCUGCAGUCGCUGAGCGAGGAGAAGAGAAAGCUAGAGCAGGCUAUUGUGCAACUGGAGGAAGACUUGGAGGAAGAACAAGCCAACACAGAAAUGUACAUGGAGAAGUCCAGGAAGUCACAGUCUCUGCUUGAAUCGACCCAAGUUGAGAUGAGCGCACUCAAGGAGGAGGUUGCCACGCUGGAGCACAGUAACGCAACUCUGGACAGACAGACCAAGGAUCUCAAGUCGAAAUUGGAAUCUGCGGAGAAUGAGCGUGGCUCACGUCUGAAGGGUCAAGUGCGCUCACUAGAGAUGAAGAUCUCCACACUGGAGGAGCAGAUAGAAGUAGAAUCGCGCGAAAAGCAUAGCCUGCAGAAGACUAACCGGCGCUUGGAUCGCAAGAACAAGGACCUGAUUGGUCAGGUGGAGGAGGAGCGUCGACGUGGCGAUCAGCUUCAUGAGCACAAUGACAAGUUGUCACUUCGAAUGAAGGCACUCAAGCGUCAAUUGGAUGAAGCGGAGGAAGAGGCGUCGCGCCUGACGCAGUCGCGUCGGAAGCUGCAGCGGGAGCUCGACGAGGCCACCGAGACGUUCAACUCUGUGCAGUCUGAGCUGACACAGUUACAGAGGGGUGUCCGUACCGGCAUGCCCCGCAGCUACUCAGCCAGGAAGCGCAAGUCAGAACAGGUCGGGGAAUCCGAUGAUCUCGGCGACGACUGAGUGAAUUCUUGACAUCGCUCCGAGUAACGAUUUUACUACUUGACCCGUGGAUUCUGAGCUAGUACUGUGAGUUGCUCUGAGCAGUGUGCAAUCGGUGUAGACCUGAUGCUGAGGGUGAUGUGAGAGGUUAGAGUCAGUUCCUCUGCUUGCCCGCUGGUCAGUGAGAAAGGUGGGCUCUGUGCAGGGUUGCUGAGUGCCGUGCAACUCAUGCCUACGUCUUCGUCGUGAAGGAUGGCCAGUGGCAGGGAUCCAUGUGUGUGUGUGUGUGUGUGUGUGUGUGUGUGUGUGUGUGUGUGUGCGCGUGCGUGCGCCAUUUUUGAGAGUAGAGAAUUUGCAGCAUCUACGUGCCGGCCGGUGAUCGGUUAGAAACAAACGUUGGGCCAUAAUCAACCGUGAUAUCACAAUACUCCUCCCUCCCCCCCCCCCCCCCACCACCACUCCCCAAGCUGUGUGUCCUGUCCUGUGAUGCUUAUCUAUGUACCAUGGCACGGCACCCCCCCCCCUCCCUCCCUCCCCGCCAUGCACUGCUGUUGCGGAGCGGUCUGCCCUUCGCAUUUCUCAUCACGCCCUGCCGUAUGCUUGUUGGUUGAGAUGAGCGCCGAGAGUUGCAAUGCUUCAGCCUUCCUUCAUCCUGUCGUCUCAUUUUGACACUAGGACUCUUUUCUGUACUUCUUUACUUCUGCAGUUCUUGUUUUUUUUGUUUUUUUUUGCGCUUGCCAGCUGUUUUUAAUUUAUUUUAUCGCCUUGAGUAUGUCUAGCAUCGGCCCCCGGUGCCUUUUGAGUCUCUUUGCUUCUAUCAGCGUGUGUGUGUGUGUUUUUGCGCGCGCACGCGUGUGCUUGUGUAAGUGUUCUAAAACUUUUGAAAGGUUUUUUCAUUGUGCUACUACAGUGGUUCAAGCAGGUCGAUGCGUGCGCCCUUUGCCAACCUGUGCUGUAGCAGACUGCAUGUUCUCACAGCUAUGCACACUCGCGUACCCGCACACCUGGCAAAAGUAUUCUACCCUGCACUGCCCUUGCCCGCUUUAGCUUUUUAUCUGUUUUUUAAAAUUCCUUUCCCUUCCUCUCUUUCGUUUUUUACAGAAUAUUUGCUACAGUGUUUUCUUGUUCCUGCUCUCUCCUGGUUGUACCUUUUCUUUGGUGAUAAUUAUUUGUUUUCUUGUGUCCCGAUCGCAGGCAGAGCCAUGUAAAGUGUGAGCAGCAGAAGAGUGACAAUGCCUCUGAGUUCACUUGUGACGUUGUCGCGAGCAGCCCCAACGCUCCAUGUAGAUCAAAAACUUUUUUCUUAUUUUGUUUUACUGCCGUGGUUACCGUGUAAAGUAGGUUUUCAUGAAUUUCAGUGCUGUUGUUGGCUAGUUGUGAGUGAGAGGACCUAUAGGAUGUGCUAUUUCAAGUGCUUGUUGUGUUGCGCUUUUACCUGUUCUUCUUCCGUACAUUUGUAUCAGUUUUGUUGUUGUUGUAAAUCUAAGGCCCUUGGUGACCUGUGACUGCUGUGAGUAUGUGUUUCAGCUUGUGCUUUUAAUGAUUUUGAGAAUGACAGUUGUCACUGGA